CCAGAGGAUCCUGGGCCAGUCCCAUUUGGCGGACGAAGAAAGUGGUGGCGUCUCCGUCUAAUCGGGACUUUAAAAUGCCCAGGAAGCAUGAAACAGAAUCAAUGAAGGAGGAUAAAGCUGCCAGAGUCAUUCAGAAGGCUUGGAAACGCUUUCUUAAUAUUGCUGUGUUUGAGCACUUUAAAAGCCUGAUUAAUUUAAGAAGACAAGGGGAGCCACGUCACGUAGUCAAGUAUAUCAAUCCUAAAGAGGCAGAACUCCUAGAUGCUGCAGCUGGAAUUCAUGUACGAUUCAGAUUAGGUGGAGCUAAAUUUCCACCUGAUAUAUACUAUAAAAUUUUUACUCACAGACAUGUUGAAGAUCUUUGUGCCAAUAGUCCUAGAGAUUACACAAAACUUUCAGCAAAAUAUACAUCUCAUAAUACAAGUGACCACCUUCAGGAAGAAGAUCAGAGUGGCUGGUACCGUCGGAUAGAAAACAAUGGCUGGAGAAUUGUUUCUGAUAAAUUUUGGAUACCUACUGAAAGUGAAAUUGCGGAAGAAAAAAAGGAAAGUGAGUUCCAUUUCUCUAAACUGAAGAGAAGGCAAGAUUUGGAAAAGAAAAGAAAAAUUAGAAAAAUAGAAUGGAUGAGGCAAAUGUACUAUGCAGGAACUCUGAAAGCUAAGGCCACACGUGAUGAGACUCUAGAUUUAAUUCACACAGCAACAAAAGGACUAAUAAGAGCUGUUGAAGACGGUGGAAUAGAGUCUGUGAUGGAAUGGGAAGUGGAUGAAGUGCUGAACUGGACAAAUACACUGAACUUUGAUGAGUAUAUUGCCAACUGGAAGGAAAUUGCCACAAGCAACUCUUCAGUUAACUUUCAAGGUUUCAGGUUUGAGGAAGCACAGAAAGAUACAUAUGAUCUUGAAGAUAUACCGGAGCUACGAAUGGAAGUACCUUAUGAUCAUUUCUAUGAAAAUAUUUACAAACAACCAAAUUUUAGAGUAACGCCUGAUUCCACAUAUGGAAUAUAA